AUGAACUCCCCCAGUAGUCCCCAGUUCCCUUCGGGGCUGCUCUCAGGAAGCACCUCCCCAAGUGGGGAUGAUGGCUUCUUCCCCUUUGUGCUGGAGAGGCGAGAUUCCUUCUUGGGGGGGCCAGGGCCUGGGGAUGAAAAGCCAGAGGAUGAGCCUGAGGACCUGGCUGUGCUGCUUCAGCGAAAGGAGAAGGACUUACUACUGGCAGCUGAGCUGGGCAAGAUGCUUUUAGAACGAAAUGAGGAGCUGAGCCGAAGCCUGGAAGUUCUCAAGGCUCAACACGCUGAACGGGAGGAACAGCUACAGCAGCAGAACCACGAGCUUCGACAGGGGCUGGCUGCCCGUGGAGCCGAGUGGGAGGCUCGGGCUGGGGAGCUGGAGGUCGACGUGGCUGCACUUCGAGCUGAACUUGGGGAGCGCCGCUCUGAGCAGCAGAACAGCGGGCGCCAACGAGUCCAAGCACUUACAGAACUCAGUGAGCAGAACCUCAGGCUCAGUGAGCAGCUUGCACAGGCCUCCCAGACUGAACAAGAUCUGCAAAAAGAACUGAGUACCCUUCGAGGAGACUACCAGGCUCAGCUGCUGGUGGGGACAGAAAUGAGGACCAGAUUAGAAAGUGUUCAGGGAGAGAACCUGAUGCUCCAGAGCCGGAGGCAGGACCUGGAAGGACAGAUCAAGAGCCUGCAGGAGGAGGCGGAUCAGAGUCAGCGCCAAGUACAAGCCCUGCACGAAGAGCUGCUGCUGCUCAGAAGGGAGAGAAGGGAACACAGCCUAGAGCUAGAACGGGCCCGCUCGGAAGCCAGGGAAGCCCUUGAGUCACUCAGACGGCUCCAGCACCAGGUCUCUGAGCUUGAAGAGGAAUCCCGGCUCCAGGAUUCGGAAGUCUCUGGGGCCUCCCUGCAAUCUGAGAUUGCCCACAGCCUAGACGAGGAAGGAGACCCCCAACUUCCAGUGGCACCCCAGGUAUGCUCUGAUCACCACCAGAUCCACAACCCCAAUCUCCUCCACAAUUCAUCACCCCAGCCUCCUCCAGAAGAGGGCUCGGAGCCCCCUAGGAAGCGGGCUUCCAUGAGUCCUAGAGAAAUGCUGGAAGAGAAGGAGGUGGAAAUGGAACAGCUACAAAAUGAGUUAUCUUUGCGGCUGGAAGAGCUGCACUCCCUCCGAGAAGAACUGCAGAGACAAAAGGAGCUGAGGGAAGACAAACACCCCGAGUCAGCACUGAAUAAGGCAUUCUCUGACCGGGAUGAAGCUGUGAACAAGUCUUUGGCCCUCUCCCUGGAACUGACCCGGGUCUCCCUGGAACGGGAUUCUCUCUCACGGGAACUGCUCCGAACCAUCCACCAGAAAGUGGCAUUGUCUCAGGAACUGGAGGCCUGGCAGGAGGAUAUGCAGGUAGUGAUUGGACAGCAGCUUCGUUCUCAGCGACUAAAGGAGCUUAAUUCCCAGCCAGCAGUCCCCCACCAUGACGCCGCAAAAUUCUCCUUGGGAAGAGGGACAGGGGCUGGUAGCUUCUUUACUAACCUUUUCAAAAGGACCUGA